AUGAUUAAAAAAUAAAAGAGAUUUAAUGGAAUUAAAUUCAUAGAAGUAACUCAUAAAAUCUUACAAGUAAUAAAUUGCUUAAUCAUAAUAAGUAAAAUGAGUUUAAAGAUAUUAUUAAAUGGGAUGAUUAAGGAAAAAAUAUUAUCAUUAUUGAUAAAUUACUUUUAUAAUAAAUUGUAUUACCGAAAUAUUUCAAGCACGCUAAAUAUUCAAGUUUUCUAAGGUUAUUUAAAAUUUAAUAAAUUAGAUAAUUAAAUUUUUAUGGUUUUACAAGUAGCAAAGAUGAAAAUAGUUAUCUGACAUAUUAUCAUUAAUAUUUUACUAAAGACAAAUAUGAAGAAAACAACAUUCAAAAAAAGAAAUUAUUGAUAAAAGAUGUUCAAAAGUCUUUAGGAAUAUUUUAGUUUGUUUAAAAUGAAUUAUAAAGUUAAUUGCUUACUCUGUAAAUGGAUUAAAAUAGAAUCAAGUAAACUCUAUUAAACUCAAUAGAUUAGUAAUUAUUACUUAGAAGCAAAAUCAAAGAAUUCUUAUAAGUAAAUACUUAAAUAUUUAUAAAAAGUCAAUCCGUUUUAUGAGAUUAUAGGGUGAAGAUAAUUUUGAUCAAUUUAUUAGAGGUAUCCAAACUAUUUUGUAAGGGUUAAAUCCAAUGGCACGUAUUAAUUAAAUUUUAAUAUAGAACAUCAUUUUCAGCACUUAAUUAAUCUUGUAUUUAAAUAAUUUUUUAAUGAUGAUAUUGUAUCUAAUCAAUAUCAAUCAGAGAUAGAUGAAUAAAGCAAUUCUUAUAUGCUGUCUCCAUGUCCUUUUGGAUUGCUUGAAUUACGAACAAAUUUAAAUGUUCAAAAAGAUUUAAAUCUCAAGAAUUUAGAAUUGAGUAUGGACUCUUGA